CGUAGAAGAAGAAAGAAGUUUACAAAAAACCUCGCGGGAUCGUUUGAUGACGUUGCUUUGACGCAAUGGCGGGUCACGCUAGCGAGCUGGAGAUUGCAAAGAAGAAUUUAACGGAUGCAAUCGGCGAUAAUAUCAAGCAUUAUUGGGCAAACCUGAAGCUGUGGUUCAAACAGAAGAUCAGCAAAGAAGAGUUUGACGUCGAGGCUCGCCGUCUGUUGCCUCAGGAAAACGUCCACUUUCACAACGACUUCCUGCUGGCCAUCCUCACACGAUGCCAGAUCAUCGUUUCCGCACCAGAUGGCACAGGUCCUUUGCAGUGGUCAGGAAGCUGCGCAUCAAAGCCUGGCAAGCCAAAAGGAAAGAAGAAGUGUUCCUCCAGACAGAAAUUUGACCAUCGCUUCCAGCCACAGAACCCUCUGUGUGGCGCGCAGCCGUUCAGUCCGCGGGAGGCGGGGAGCGAAGAGGAGGAGCCGCGCCUGAGCUCCCACACGCUGCUGCUGCCGACGCGGGGCCAGCUGGAGGCCCGCAUGAUGGUCGCCGCCUUCGAGAUGGGGCUGGAUAACGUCACAGAGGAGGCCAUCAGCACCACGAUCUGUGCUGUGGAGCAUCACUUGAAGGAUGUCCUGACCGCCGUAAUCACUCGGAGGAAGGCUUACCGGCUACGCGACGGACGCUUCCCUUACGCCUUUGGCACCGACGUCACGCCUCGGCCUUAUCUCAAGAACAGCCUCUCUGCGUACCACGGCAUCAGUGAAUGUCCCCCUCCAAGCGCUUCUCUUCCUGCGUGCCCGCCACCUCAGGUGUCCCCUGAUGAUGCCGAACAAAAAGCUGUUCACCUGCUGGCUUGCUCUUCUGACACUCUACCUGCACCGCUCCCUCCAAUCAGCAUGCUCGACCUCCUGGAAGCUUUAAAGGUUCAUCGUGGUGUGAUGCCGUCCCACACAAUGUAUGCCCUCAACAUGGAGCGCAUCCUGGCUCAGCUCUGGCACCCCAGCCACGAAGAACUGGAGCAGGACCACAUACACAGACAGAGGCUGGCUGGUAAGGAGGGCAUGCUGGUCAGCUGAGAGGCUCUCACAGGACCGUAGGACUGAUCUGAUCCAUAGAAAUCUGAACAUCCCUGGGAAAACUGUGUGUUCAGAGUGAAAGGCUCUGUAAGAUGUGGAUAAUGCCUGUGGCUUACAGAAGAUGGAGCAAGAGGAAACCAUAAGGCUGGAAAACUGGAAAACAAGUCAUCUGCUGCAUGAGUCAUUUUCCCAGACACAAAGCUAUCCCUUUCCCACUCAAAUUCAAUGUUUACCACAUAAUAGAAAAUUGGCUGGUUAUAAUACCUAGAUAUAGCCUGUUUAAACUCCAGGAACUAAUGGCUUUGCAAAUAAGAAAAAAAAGAAUCCAGUUUUGGAAUUUGU